AUGGGUGUCCGUCAUUUGGUCCGAAGGGCCCGAACGGUCUUCAGUCGCCUGGCAGCUUCUAAAGCUGGAAGCUCAGUUACCACAACCGCAGUGGAGGGAAUAGCUGUUGAGGAAAGCAAGAGAGAUCCUGCCUCUGACACGGAAGUUCAGCAGCCUGAAGUGCCGGCAGAAGGCCUCCAGCAUGGUGUCAGGGAUAUCGAGGCCAUCACUAUGACCUGGUCUAAGCGAACCUUGAUCCUGGUUUUUAUCAAGUCAGCCCCUUUCGGAAACGAUGAAAUUUUGCAGUGA